AUGAGCGGGAGUGCACUCGAGCGGCUUUCGAGCGAGACCACUGACAGCUCCAGAUCAUCCCCCACUUGUAAAUAUGAUCGCCGAGGGGCUUCACUAGGGAGAGCGGUGGGCUCCACGGGGAUGGCGGCGACAGCUACAGAGCAGAGCGCUGGCUGGCAGGAUGCCCUGCGCGAAGCGAACGCUUCGGCCCUGCGCAAGUGGCUCGCCAGCGGGCGACUUUUACCCUCUGAGGCGUCCGACGUGCUUGAUGUUUCCGGGGAGCUGUGCGGAUCCAACAGACUCGAAGGAACCCAAGUUGUAGCUUGUCAGUCGUUGUUCCCGAAGGAGUUGCGAACACCGCGAGGUGCCUCGUGGCUCCUGCUCUCCCAAAGGCCGCGAAAUGAUGCGCGCUCGACAGUUCCUAGCUAUGUAGAUUUACUCGAUAGCAUUGGCACGAGCUUUGCCCGCUAUAAACAAUUGUGGGAAAAGAUUGAGCAGGAUAUUCCGCGGACGUUCCGUGGAUGCGACACGGUUCGUCAUCGGGUGCCACCGGAGGCGCUUGCGCGCGUUCUCCUGGCGGUCGCGGUUCACAACAACCAAACGUAUGUGCAGGGCAUGAACCUCUACGCAGCAUCGUUCCUGCACGUAUUGCCCGAGCCUGAGGCGUUUCGGUUGCUUGUGUGCCUCGUGGAGGAUUAUGCACCGCGCUAUCUCCAAGUGAAUUCGGUAGCUGGCGCCUACGAGGGUUGCCGGCUCGCCGCCCGUACCAUCCAGCAUGUAGACCAGGAGCUCGCCACAAUGCUCAGCGGAGAUCCAUUGGGUCUGGAACGCGCGCUUCUCGUGCACGGGUUCCCGGCGGUGCUCUCGUUUUCUCUUUGUAUCCCGCCGUUCGAGGAUGCCAUGCCGCUCCUCGACUGGAUUCUCGCGUUCGGCGCCCAUUUCGGUGUGGUGUUUGUGGUUGCUCGACUGCGUUGUGCACGCGAGCAGCUUCUGAGUCGAACGGUUACUGUCAAAGAGGUUUUGAACCCCAGAAAAGAGCAAGACGCUUUUCGCAUUCCGCCGGCGGCUAUCAUACGAGAAUCCCUGAAAAUUGUCGCGCAGUUGCCAGCGCACUUGUGGCAACAGCUGCAGAAGCAUCCGUUGGAUGCAUGA